AUGAAGUCGGCGGUGAGCGCGCGCGGUGGGGUGUCUGGCGGCCGCGGAGGUGGCUGCUGGGGCGGGGGGCGAGGAGGCGGAGGAGGAGGCGGGGGCAAAGGAGGAGGCGGGGGCAAAGGACCGGGAGGCGAUGGCGGCGGCCAGGGGGGCAAGGGCGGCUUCGGAGCGCGGACGCGCGGCUUCGGAGGCGGCAGGGGCAGGGGGCGCGGUGGUGGAGACGGCAGGGACCGCGGAGGCGGCGGGCAGCGGCGUGGCGUGGCCAAGAGCAAGAACCGCCGCAGGAAGGGCAUCACCACGGUAUCCGUGGAACCGCACCGGCACGAGGGGGUCUUUAUCUACCGCGGGGCGGAGGACGCUCUGGUCACACUGAAUAUGGUGCCCGGCCAGUCAGUGUACGGCGAGCGGCGGGUCACGGUGACCGAGGGCGGCGUGAAACAGGAGUACCGCACGUGGAACCCCUUCCGCUCCAAGCUGGCCGCGGCCAUACUGGGCGGGGUCGACCAGAUUCACAUCAAGCCCAAGUCCAAAGUGCUCUACCUGGGUGCCGCCUCGGGGACCACCGUCUCCCACGUCUCCGACAUCAUCGGUCCUGAUGGCCUAGUCUACGCGGUCGAGUUCUCCCACCGCGCCGGCCGCGAUCUGGUCAACGUGGCCAAGAAGAGAACCAACAUCAUCCCAGUCCUCGAAGACGCCCGGCACCCCCUCAAGUACCGCAUGCUCAUCGGGAUGGUGGACGUGAUCUUUGCCGACGUGGCCCAGCCAGACCAGUCCCGCAUCGUGGCUCUGAAUGCCCACACCUUCCUGCGCAACGGGGGCCACUUCCUCAUUUCCAUCAAGGCCAAUUGCAUCGACUCCACCGCCUCUGCUGAGGCGGUGUUUGCUUCUGAGGUGAGGAAGUUGCAGCAGGAGAAUUUGAAGCCUCAAGAGCAGCUGACCCUGGAGCCCUAUGAGAGGGACCACGCUGUGGUCGUCGGGGUCUAUCGGCCCCUUCCCAAGAGCGCCAACAAGUAGCAACCCAGCUCGGGCUGUCCCUGAGAUAAUGCUUAAGACUGUGCUAUGUUCAGUGUUACUCUAUGUGUGUUUUCUU